AGAGGCUUGGAAAACAAACGGCAAGCCAAGGGCUUUGCGAAGACUUUGCAUGACUUUGAGCCAGCAACACAGCACGGGGAACCUCCUGUGGAGGAGUCUGCGGCAGUUGUCCAGAACUGUCAAGAGCUGAACAGCGAGCCAUUGGACUGGACUAUCUCACCUAUGAGUUCAGAUCAGGAAGAGAGGGAGGAUGGAGAGGACUGCUUGGGGUCAGAGGGAGAGAGAAACAGCGCCACUGCACAUGACCACGAAUCCAAAGAUACAGAAAAGACGAGCUCGGAGCAGAAAGCUUUUCUUCAUCGCCACUGAGCUCCUGAACACCGAGCGCAACUACGUGCAACGCCUGCAGCUUCUAGACAAGGCGUUCUACGCUCGCCUGUUGGAGGAGGCCAACCGAGGCUCGUUUCCGGUCGAGACCAUCAACCACAUCUUCUCGAACAUCUCCUCCAUCCACCUGUUUCACGAGCAGUUCUUGCUGCCGCAGCUUGAAAGCCGCAUGGAGGCAUGGGAAGAGACGCCCAGGAUAGGAGACAUCCUGCAGAAGUUGGCGCCUUUCCUCAUGAUGUACGGCGAGUACGUCAAGUGCUUCGACCGCGCCAUGGAGCUCGUCGACACCUGGUCGCAGCGCUCGCCGCAAUUCAAGAAAAUCAUCGCCGAAGUGCAGAUGCAGAAAGAGAGUGGCUGCCUGAGUCUGCAGCACCACAUGCUGGAGCCCGUGCAGAGGAUCCCACGAUACGAGCUGCUACUCAAGGACUACCUGCGCAGGCUGCCACUCGACUCGCCCGACCGCGGGGAUGCCCAGAAGUCCCUCGACAUCAUCUCGACUGCAGCCAAUCACUCAAACGCUGCCAUCCGCAAGAUGGAAAAAGUGAAGAUACUGCUGGACAUCUACGAGAAGCUGGACGGAGAGGUGGACAUCGUUAACCCCAGCAAUGAGCUGCUUAAAGAGGGCCCCAUUCUCAAGCUGUCUGCCCGCAACGGAGCGCAGCAAGAGAGGUACCUGUUCUUGUUCAAUAGCAUGCUGCUGUACUGCGCACCCAAGAUCAGGCUGAUGGGACAGAAAUUCAGCGUCCGCUCCAGGAUUGAUGUCAUGGGCAUGAAGGUCACCGACAUAAAACGGCAUGAGGCGGUCCCCGUAUUCCAAGUGUGCGGCACGCAGAGGGCCCUGGAGCUUCGGGCGAGGAGCGAGAAAGAAAAACAUGAAUGGAUUGAGGCCAUCGAGAAAGCCAUCGUGACUUACAAUGAAAAGCUGGAAACAUUCAAUUGCUUCAGGAAGGACAGCACACACGAGGAUGACCUACCGGUCGGCCAGCUGGGUAAGCGGGCUCCCGUGUGGAUUCGCGACGCCAACGUGACCAUGUGCAUGCGCUGUGGGGAACUCUUCCACCCCAUCACGCGCCGUCGUCACCACUGCCGCGCCUGUGGCUACGUGGUGUGCUGGAAAUGCUCCGACUUCAAGACCGAGCUGGAGUACGAGCCCGGGAAAUUCAACCGCGUGUGCACCGAGUGUAACCAAAUCCUGUCCGCACGGGGGAACCGGUGCGAGGUGGACACCACCCCCAAGGAGAAGAGCAAGAAUGUCCUGCAGCGCCAAGGAGCCGAGAUGUCGGACAACAGCAUCAUGCGCAGCUUCCUGAACUACACAGAGAACAGCGGACGUGGAUGGAAGAAAGCCUGGUUCGUCAUCCCCACGAGCGAACCCCUCGUUCUCUACCUGUACAAAGCCCCGCAGGAUGUGAAGGCGCAAGCCACAUUCCCGCUGCCGGGGUACGAGGUGUGCCCCGUUGAACCGGCGGACAACAUCGAGGCGCAGCAUGCGUUUAAGAUGGUGCAGUCGCGCCGCACCCUCUACUUUGCCGCCGAGAGCCAGAAGUUGAUGCGGCAUUGGCUGCAGGUGCUCAUCCCGGCUGCACUCGGCAAGGAAACGCUGCUGAGCCCCACACGCUGCCUGUCCCCGAUCGGUGACGGCAACUUGCAAGCGCUGGACACCGUAGACGCCACCGAUUGCCUCUCACCGGGGCCUUUUUCGCCAGGGUUCCUUUCUCCGUGCCCUCUUUCUCCAGAGCCCCUUUCUCCGUGGCCCCUUUCUCCAGGGCCUCUUUCGCCUUCCUGGGACUCUCCUGGCCUGCAGCACCCUCCUCCCUUCGUGUCUGGUGACUCUGUCGACACGGUGGACUCCAGCUUGCCCGAUGACGCACUUUUGGCCGAUGCACAGGACGAUUACGACUCGCCCGCUACCGUCUUGUGCGUGUAGAUUUUGGCGGAAAUGUUUCACACUCCGCAUUUAUGGCGUGGGAUAGUCACCUCCACUGCAAACACGUGUGAUUACUACUGCUGCUGCAAUGGAUUUUCUGUCUGUCCUGUACGGCUAUCGAAUGUGCUUUCGAGUUGUGCCGUGUUGUUGUUCGGCACGAUGUCUGACAUUUCGCUGCAUGUGCUGGGAGCUUGAAUUAAUUUCCCGAAAAAGCUACCGGCACCGGGAAGCAACAUGGCAGACAUCUCUCCGAACAACACACGGCACACCCAGAAAACACGUGCGAGAGUUGCAUGCUUUGUUUUCAUUUUACUCCGAGAAUGUUUUUGUUAUGCUUCUGGGCUCGCUUGUGAAGAGGAAAGAGGCGUCGCAGAUUGUGGUGCCAGAAUGAAUGGUGAUAGAUUGUUGUUGUGCGUCAAUGCUUACGCAUGUAUGUAUGUAAAUGGGCGUCAAUGUAUGCGUCAAUGUAUGUAUGUUGAACUUAUUUAGCACCGUACGUAUCCAGCCGUGCUACUCUUGAGUUGCGACCGGCUUAUAAUCGUACUGCACAUCGGGUGCAAGUGCUGUUAGCAAGCACCUAGUAAGGCCGGCACAGUAGAGCCUUGCUGUGUGCAUGCAGGUAUAUGCACAUGUACACACAUUCGGCACACCAAAAAAUAUUGUUAUAGUAACUAGGCUUGGCACUUUGCAUUGACAGCAUCAUAAUUGUGCUUAAUUAUCAGUAUGACCUUAAGUGAUCUAUAAUUCCUUUCCUCAUAAGUGAAAUGCAAUGGUCAUGAUCGACAGCCAAAUGGCUUCUGCUUUAUGUCACCCACAGCACAUUUAGCAGUCAAUGAUCCAUGUAAAUACAAUGAAUUAUGUUCACAAAUACACGUGGCUUAAAAGGUACCGCAGCUGGUUCUAAGGAUCCUCGUUUUCUUUCAGUCUUUGAAUACUGAAACUGUUAAUGCUGUAAAGCACAAUUAUUUAAACGUUUUACUGAGAGUAAUAAUGAGUAUUUUUUUUUGUAAAAGCCUUAUUUUAAAUAUUGUAAACCAUUUUAUAUCCCUGUACUGUUCUAUCGUUAGCUGGAGUGCAGCUUGGGUAAGGGUGUCAAGUAUUGGGCAUGGGUGCCUUGUAAUCUUAGCAGCAAAGGUAAUGUACAUAGAGCAUCUCCAAACAACGUUGCUUAAUGCCUACUGUAAUUUAGCUGCGGACGCAAAUCUGCGCUUCGUGUAAUUUAUGUGCUUUGAGGGCAACAAUAAAAUAUUAAUCUCAA